UGUUCUUAAAAUGUUUACAGAAUCCAGAAUCCUCAGAAAGCGUUGAGCUUCAUUCAGAGCCUCUUGAUAUAGGAAGAUGGUUUUCAAGCUAUGUUUAUGAAUCUCCAGAAUUAAACUCAGAUGAUGAUGGGUUUCACUACUCUCCCUUCAUGGCCACUGAAAAGGAAAAAGAUGAAGAUACUACUGAGAAACAUAAGGAGUUCAUACAUGUCACCUCAAUCAAUGACAAUGACAAUGGCAAUGGAAAUGACACAGUUCAGACUAGCCAUCCUGAAGGAGAAAACAGUCAUUUUCAUUGUCCUGUAAGCGUCAAACCAGAAGAGGGAACAAAUACAGCAAUAAGUAUCACGAUGGCUUGUGAAGUGGAUUCAUUUGAGCCAAUAUGCAAGAUUAAAGCUCAAAAGUUAAAUGUAGAAGAAGAAGAAGGUAGUAGUAGUAGUAAUAAGGGUGAGGAUUCUGCAUAUGAUGAUGGGUUUAUACCAAUCAAAAGGAGAAGAGGAGAGGAGAAUUAUGUCAUUACAAUGAAAAGUGGACUCGAAAAGAAAACAGAGCCAAUGAACAAGGGUAAGAAAGAACAAAGUACAAUCAGAAAUCCUCUUGCAGAAAUGACAAAUGAUCACCAUGUUGAGUUUGCUGGAAAAUGGCACUGCCCCCAGAAGAAUAAGCCUGUUCUUGGCCCUCUUCUUAAGCAAAGGAGACUCGAUCAAUGGGUUCGUAGAUUAUGAGGGAUGGGAAUGAUUCAAUUCAACACGUUUGAAUCGACCAGUUUUGCGCCUCUGAGGGUGGAGAUCGAGCUUUGGGUGUUGGAAAAUCAAUCAGUGCUGAAUUCAUAGUAAAAGAGAAAAAGAAAGAGAAAGAAAACUAAGAAAAUGGAUUCAUUUGAUGAAACGUAUAACAAUGAGGGGGAAGGAAAUCAGACAGCUUCUCAUCAUCCAUUUGGCAACGAUGGCGAUGGCGGCUACAAUGCUGCGUAUAAUUACGAGGCUCCUAGCGGCGACAACACCGGUAAUAAUUCUCCUCAGCAUAUGAAUUAUCAUCAACAACAAGAAGGAUUCUCCACCGAUCAAAACGACAUUCAAUCUCACGAUGAUACCUACGGAGGAUUCAAUUCCUCCCCCAAUCCUGACCAUGAUUCAGGAUUUCCUGAAUCUAAUGGCGAUGAUUCGAAACCCCCCUAUGAUAUUGGAGACGAUACAGACGGAAUCUUCAGUGCACCUCCUCCUCCCGAUGGACCUUUACUUCCAGAGCCAAAUCAAAUGCGCGAGGAAGCCGCUGCAUUUCGUGAGUGGCGUCGGAAGAAUACAAUUUAUCUAGAGGAAAAGGAGAAGAAGGAGAAAGAGAUGAGAGAACAGAUAUUCCAAGAAGCUGAACAGUACAAGAAAGCCUUUUAUGACAAGAGAAAUCUCAAUGUUGAGACUAACAAAGCACAUAACAGAGAAAGGGAAAAGUUAUACUUGAGCAACCAGGAGAAAUUUCACAAAGAAGCUGACAAGCAAUACUGGAAAGCAAUUGCAGAGAUAAUCCCAUAUGAGGUUGCUAACAUUGAAAAAAGGGGAAGAAAAAAGGAUGAAGAGAAGAAACCAUCAAUCCAUAUCAUUCAAGGUCCUAAACCAGGUAAGCCAACUGAUAUGUCAAGAAUGAGACAAAUCAUUACUAAACUCAAACAGCAUCCCCCACCUCACAUGCUUCCACCACCACCACCACCUGCUGCCGCCGAUGCCGCCAAGGAAACCACCACCACAGACAAAAAAGAUGCCAAUGUAACCAAGAAACCUGAUGACCCAGAAUCUAAAACACCUUCCCCUGCUGUUGCUGAAGCGGCGGCGCCGGACCCUCCCAAAGCCUCCGAGCCUCCUGUUGCCAAGGCCGAUCAAGUUGCUCAAACUUAGAUUUUAAAUUAGUUUGUAAGCAAGUUUUAUUUACUGCUGCCUGAUUAAUGAAAUAGAGAAUAAGAAGAACUGCCUAUAUUAAUACUGUUUUCAGGCUUUCUCAUUAGGAUUGAGGACCCAUAACAUUUCAUUCAUUUUUUUAUAUCAAUCAAUAAUA